AUGGGAAAAGAAGAGGUAACACUAGAUGUUGUCUCAUUUGGGAAUAGAUUGCGUUUCUUAUUCUCAAUAUGGGUAGAUAGAGAUAACCCAUUUGCAAGUGUAGGCACUAUACUUCCACUACAACAAAUUGACUCUCUAUUAAUCUUAUGUGGUAAGGGGUCUGCACAAGAUGAUGGUAGUAUUUAUAAGAGUACAACCAUUCACUAUUGGCUAUUUGGCUUUGAAUUUUCCGACACAUUGCUUUUAUUAACACGGACAAAAGAAAUAGUGAUACUGACUAGCUCAAAGAAAGUGGCCAUAUUUAAACAGCUAGUAGAUACUGCACCUUCUCACUAUCCUAGUAUAAAAGUUACAUUGAUUGAACGUAACAAUAAUGAUGAACCUUUAGAACGUUUAGGGCGAAUUUGUGUAGAUGUAACUGAUGGUAACAAUAUGAACUUGGGAAGAGUUGAAGAUAUAACCAAGCAAAGAACUCAAUUUAUAUCUCAAUGCGAAGAAUACUUUAAAUCUAAUGAGCCAUUUUCAAGUGCAACAGUAACACUGGUUAAUCAUGCUUUAAGUUAUAUACUCUGUUAUAAAGAUUCGAUUGAAUUAUCACUUUGCAAGAAAGCAUCCACUUUAUCAGUACAGAUGAUAAAGAAUAUAAUUUUACAAAGGAUUGAAGUGAUACUAGAUAAAGAAUUUCAAGAAACACAUCAGAGUAUUGGAAAAAGGGCUGAAAAAGCUCUUGAUGAUACCAAUAUUUUAAAAACCUGGCAAGCUAAAUAUGAAUUAGAUCCUAGUGAUGUUGAUUUAGUGUAUGCAUUGAUACAGAGUGGUCAUAAUUUUGAACUUAAAGCUGUAGAGAAUACAACUGAAAAUUUAUGUCUGACAUCAGGAUGCAUUUUAUUGAGUGUUGGUUCGAAGUACAGAGAAUACUGUGCAAAUAUAACACGUACAUAUUUUCUUAAUGCUACUGAUGAGCAGAAGGAAAUAUAUAAUUAUACACUAAGUUUAAUGGAGUAUAUUGUUUUAUUGCUAAAACCUAAUAUACCGUUUCGGAAGAUUUACCAAGAUGUAUUAGAUAAAAUUACUAAUGACAAGGGAGUAGAGAUGUCACAAAAAUUUGUCAACAGUGUUGGUCACUGUAUUGGUAUUGAAUUUCGUGAUUCGUUAUUAAUUAUAGGUCCAAAAACACCACUAGAUGUGGUAGUACAAAAUGGAAUGACUUUUAAUCUAUCGGUUGGUUUCAAUGACUUGACUUCAAGCAAUAUAAAAUAUGCUGUCUGGAUAUGUGAUACUGUCUACUUAUCUACUGAUAAUACAGUAGAGAUUUUAACUCAAAGUUGUAGCAAGCGUCUGGAGCAUGUAUCAUAUGAAUUGGAAGAUAUAGACAUUGAACAAACAAAAACUCACAUUAAAAAGGAAACUACUCAGCAGAUGAAUAAGAAAGACUAUUUAACACAUGAGGAUGAAUAUAGCACCAGCGAUGAUAAGAGAACAGAUAAUUCUAGUAGAAAAAAUAAAUCUAUUAGUAAUAAUGCAGUAUUGCAGGAACGUUUUCGUAAAACAAGAAGUCGUAUACUGAAUAAUGAUCAUGCUGAAGAACUGAAAGAACUUGAAAAUUACCAACGAGAAUUAAGAAAGAAAAAACUUGUUGAAUUACAAAAUAGAUUUGGUGAAGAAAAAGAAAAAGAUAAUAAUGAUUUAAUUAAGUCUACUUCAGAUCAAAACUAUUAUUUUAAUUCGAAACUUGUUAGCUAUGAUUCAGUUUUAGGUUACCCGAGAGAUCGUAACCUAAAUAGAAUAUAUGUUGAUUCUGCAAAAGAAAGUAUUCUCAUUCCAAUUUAUGGUAUGCUUGUUCCUUUCCAUGUUAGGUCACUGAAAAAUGCAGUAUGUACACAAGAAGAAGGUAAAAAAUCUUUUAUUUUAAGGAUCAACUUCGCUCUACCAACUGGACAAUUGCUAGAUCAAAUGCCCAAUUCUCUCAGCUCACCAAUUUUUAUUAAAGAGCUUAUGAUACGUUCUGAAGAUGGUAGAACUUUGAAUUCAAUAUUUAGAAGUAUAAAGGAGUUAAUAAAGAGAUUUAAACAGAAAGGUAGUUUAGAAGAUGAGAAAGCAGAGCAAGAUUUCUUGAAAAAGCAGCAACCUCUUGAGUUGAAUCGUAAUAGUCCUAGAAUUGUACUUAAAGACAUUGGAAUUCGUCCAACUCUAGGUCAAGGUAGACGUCAGCAUGGUAUAUUAGAGGCUCAUGUAAAUGGCUUAAGAUUCAAUUCUUCUAAGGGUGAAACUAUGGAUAUUUUAUACUCAAGUAUUAAGUAUGCUAUAUUUCAGCCAGUCGAGAAUGAUCUGAUUGUUUUAUUACAUUUACAUCUACGCUAUUCAUUAUGGUUCGGUAAAAAAAAGACUCAGGAUGUUCAGUUUUAUAUGGAAGUAGGGAGUCAAGCAGAUGAUUUAGAUCAACGUCGUGGUCGCAAUAUAUAUGACCCAGAUGAAAUUCUAGAAGAACAAAGAGAACGUGAAGUUAAAAAAAGAUACAAUACUGAAUUUAAAAGGUUUACACAAGGUAUUGAAGAAUUAAGUAAAAAUAUGUUUGAAAUUGAAAUACCUUAUAGAGAUCUAGGAUUUUACGGUGUACCAGGCCGUGCCGGAGUUUCAAAUGUUCAACUCUAUCCAACAGCUUCGUGCUUAGUACAUUUGUUAGAAUGGCCACCAUUUAUUCUAUCUUUAGAUGAGAUAGAAAUUGUUUCUUUUGAAAGAGUAGAACAGGGACUCCGCAAUUUCGAUAUGAUAUUUGUAUUCAAAGAUUACACUAAGACAGUUAAACGUGUUGACUCUAUUCCAAUAGAAUAUCUUGAUACAAUAAAAAGAUGGCUUAAUGAGAUGGAUAUUGUCUAUUAUGAAGGUAGACAAAAUCUAAACUGGAAUGCUGUAUUGAAAACUAUUUUAAGUGAUAUUGAAGAUUUUAUAGAGAAUGGUGGUUUCAGUGGCUUUUUGGGAGAGGAGAGUGAGGUAGAAAAUACCAGCGAAGAUGACGAUGAAGAUGAAGAAUACUCUGAAACUGAAGAAGAUAUGGAAGAUGAUGAAGAAGGUGAUUCUGAUGAAGAUCUUUCGGACUUAGAAGAAGAGAGUUCUGAUGACUCAUUUAAAGAGUUAUCUAGCGAUGAAGAGCAAGGCCUUAGUUGGGACGAACUAGAAAGAGAAGCUAUUAGAGAAGAUAGGAAAAGGCAUAGAGAGGAAAAUAACAAAGUUAAGGAUCGCAGAAGACACUAA